AUGAUGCUGCACCGCCAGAGAGAGGAUGUUGCAAUUGAGAAGCUUGGGAUGCAAAAGCAGCUGGAGGAGGACGCAGAGAUCGCGAGGUUGAUGCAGGCUCUCAAGCUGGCCGACGCACGGCCGACUGCGCCUACACCCCCGACCACAAGGCCGAUGACCACCGCCGAGAAGGCAGCGCCCGUCAAGAUCGAGAAGGAACAGGACGAUGACCUGACGUACGAGGUGAACGUCGUGCAUCCCUGGCGCACGUCCAAGACAGUCGUGGCUGUCGAAAAGGGCGACAAACCCGCAGCGUCGGCGAAGUCGGCGAAGAGCUCUCGUGGCCGACAACCGCCAACCGACGGAUGUCGCACGACCGAGGUGGGUGAGACGGGGAAAAACGAUGUGCUGCAGCACUGCACUCGCCAGAUGAGGCGGAUCAUGGAAGCGGUGCACGACUUGCGGCGGAGCGAUGACGACGCUGACACCGCCGCCGUCAUCAAGCUACUCGACCACCUGGGGCGAGCGGGCCUUUCCACUUUCAGCGACGCUCUCUUGGUCCUCCGUGCAACCCCGCCCAUCAAGGUCCCCACCACAGCCGACAGAAAUUCGGUCGGCAUCAAGGGUCUGGACAAGCCGCUGGCAAGGAAGCUCGCCGUUGCGUGGGGCGUGGUCACGGCGGGCUACAUGGACACUGAGUGGGGAAAGAGACUCUUCGGCGACUUGUGGGAGGAGCAUGCAAAGAAGGCCGGCUUGGAGGCCGAGGCGACGGCUGGAGCCACCGGCGCUGGGAAGCGCAAGAGGGCGGGCUGA